AUGGCUCCAGCGCGGAACCCAACCAGUUGGGACGAAUACGAUGGUAGACCCUCGCCUACAGGCAGUGUGACGUCGAGCGUCCUUGCGCGGGAACAAGCUGUCGACGAUGACGAUGACGAUACAAGCGAGCAUGAUCAUGACAGAGGAUUCAUGGCGCGACGACGGUCCUCGGUCACCAACCACCUUGCCGCGAUAGCAGACAUUGGCGGCGUCAACAGCUUCCGAUCUUUCGCUAGGAGCUGGCAGCGAGCCGCAGGAUUCCCCGAGGUCAUUCCUCGCCGACCGAGUUUCGUCCUUGCCGGAGACCAAGACGGGGAGAAUAUCCAAUACGGACGGAGCCAUGUCGAGGGCGCAUCACAGUCGCAGACAGGACUCUUGCGCCAGCAUCUGGAAGCAUCUUCGUCGGCGCAGCCCAAUGGUGAGCCCAGCUCGAGUCUCGGGUCGUCGCCCAGGCUUAUUCGGGGCGCAUUGAACGACGGGGAGAGUAAGCCGCUGCUCGAUGUCGAGGCUGCUGGUGCUUUGCAUGUUGGGUCCUUCUCCAGCCGAUCCAGCAUCUUUGCCGUUCCCCCUCAUCUCGCGGCCCCAGACAUUGUUGGCAGCUAUGGUUCGUUCCGGAGCACCUCGCCGUACGGCGCUGUAGACGGUACCAUGCGCCACCGUAUAUCUUUUAGUGAAGGCAGCGGAUGGGGGGUCGCGGAUGAAGAACCAGUUGAGGAUGCUGCGCAUGGCGAGCACCAGCCGAUUCUCAUCAAGGAGGUUAAGCAGGGUGACAAGGUUGUGCUCGCUGUCGAGGGUCAGAGCACUCUUCCACAGUCCGUCUUCAACUCGAUCAACGCCCUCAUCGGCGUGGGCCUUCUCAGUCUCCCCCUGGCCCUCCAGAUAUCGGGAUGGAUUCCCGGACUCAUCAUUCUCACACUGACGGCGGCUGUCACUUCGCAUACUGGCAAGCUGCUGGCCAAGUGCAUGGACUACGAUGCUACGCUCAUCACCUACUCAGACCUUGCCUAUGUCUCGUUUGGCCCUCGCGCCCGAGUUGUCGUCUCUGCGCUCUUCACUCUGGAGCUGAUCGGAGCAUGCGUCGCCCUUGUGAUUCUCUUUGCCGACUCGCUAGACCUGUUGCUUCCAGGUCUGGCUACUGUUAAUACAUGGAAGGUUAUUGCGGCUGGUUUGGUAUUGGUCCUCAAUGCGUUGCCGCUACGCCUCCUGAGCUACACCAGCAUCGUAGGCAUCAUGUCAACAUUCUGCAUCGUUAUGAUCGUCAUCAUCGAUGGUUUCUACAAACCCCACUAUCCGGGAUCUCUGCGGGAACCGGCCACGACGUAUCUUCUUCCCGAGAACUGGCUUGCGCUGCCUCUUGCGUAUGGUCUGUUGGCUAGCCCUUGGGGUGCUCACUCGGUCUUUCCAUCGAUCUAUCGAGAUAUGCGUCACCCCUAUAAAUGGGGCAAGGCCGUCAACGUGACGUUUUCGUUCUCUUACGUCUUGGAUACUUGCCUGGCCGUCAUUGGCCUGCUCAUGUUCGGCGAUGGCAUCAAAGACGCCAUCACAUCCAACAUCAUCAAGACGGCAGGAUACCCCGAAGGCAUGGACAUCGUCAUGUGCAUCUUCAUCGCCAUCAUCCCCCUGACCAAGAUCCCCCUCAACGCCCGACCCAUCAUCACGACAAUGGAUGUCCUCUGCGGUGUCCACGAACAUCAUCACCAUCAUCACCAUGAGCACAGCCAGUCUUCUCGAACCUCACCCUUCGUCACCCAGAGCAUCCGAGGUCUCGUGCGCGUCUUUGUCGUGCUCCUCCUGCUCUUCAUCUCCAUCGUAUUCCCGGCCUUUGACUCUGUGUGCGCUUUCCUCGGCGCUGCACUGUGCACCCUCAUCUCCAUCAUCCUCCCCAUCUCGUUCCACCUCAAACUGUUCUGGGACGACGUGCCAGCACGGGAAAAGGUCAUCUCUGGUGUGCUGCUGGUCGUCUUUUCCAUACUGGGUGUGCUGGGAACCAUCUGGACCUUUUUGCCCAAGCACCUCAUUGGCGCUGAUUAG